GCGGCGGCCCGGCGGAGCGAAGCUGGGGAGGCCUGUACUGUGCUCGCCGCCGGAGAUCAGGGCUUUCUCGAGCCGGUCUGAGUCCAGAAAUUACAUAAAAUGGAUAUUUCUCACACUAGAUACUGAAUAUUAAGUAAAAUCUAAGUUGCUAUGGAAGAAAUACCAGUAAAAGUUGCUGUAAGAAUCCGACCUCUGCUAUGCAAAGAAGUUCUUCAUAAUCAUCAAGCUUGUGUGAGAGUUAUUCCAAACACCCAGCAAAUUAUCAUUGGGAGAGAUAGAGUCUUUACUUUUGAUUUUGUUUUUGGCAAGAAUUCCACUCAAGAUGAAGUUUAUAAUGCAUGUAUAAAGCCACUAGUGUUGUCGCUCAUUGAGGGCUAUAAUGCAACCGUUUUUGCCUAUGGACAAACUGGAUCCGGGAAGACCUACACCAUUGGAGGAGGCCAUGUUGCUUCAGUUGUGGAGGGUCAAAAGGGUAUCAUUCCUCGAGCUAUCCAAGAAAUAUUUCAAAACAUCUCUGAAAAUUCUAGCACUGACUUUAAUAUCAAAGUGUCUUAUAUAGAAGUAUAUAAGGAAGACCUAAGAGAUCUUCUAGAAUUGGAAACAUCUAUGAAGGAUCUUCACAUCCGAGAAGAUGAAAAAGGAAACACAGUGAUUGUUGGGGCCAAGGAAUGUCACGUGGAGAAUGCAGAUGAGGUGAUGAGUCUCCUGGAGAUGGGGAAUGCAGCCAGGCAUACAGGUACCACCCAAAUGAACGAGCACUCCAGUAGAUCACAUGCAAUUUUUACAAUCAGCAUUUGUCAAGUAGAGAAAAAUACAGAGGCAGCUGAAGAUGGAUCGUGGUAUUCCCAUCGGCAUAUUGUCUCAAAGUUCCACUUUGUGGAUUUGGCGGGCUCGGAAAGAGUAACUAAAACCGGGAAUACUGGUGAACGGUUCAAAGAAUCCAUUCAGAUCAACAGUGGGCUGUUGGCUUUAGGAAAUGUAAUCAGUGCUCUUGGGGACCCACGCAGGAAGAGCUCCCAUAUUCCAUAUAGGGACGCUAAAAUCACCCGGCUUCUGAAAGAUUCCUUGGGAGGCAGUGCCAAGACUGUCAUGAUCACUUGCGUCAGCCCAUCCUCCUCAGAUUUUGACGAGUCCUUAAAUUCCCUCAAAUAUGCCAACAGAGCACGCAAUAUUAGAAACAAACCCACCUUAAACUUCAGCCCCGAGUCUGACCGUAUGGACGAAAUGGAAUUUGAAAUCAAGUUGCUUCGAGAAGCUCUGCAAAGCCAGCAGGAUAGCAUCAGCCAAACCAGCCAGAUCCAUCAAGAGGGGACUCCUGAUAAAAACAGGAUCCGGUCUCUUGAGGAACAAGUAGCUCAGCUACAAGGAGAGUGUCAGAGUUACCAAACCUGUGUAGAGGAAGCCUUUACCUUCCUGGUGGACUUAAAGGGUGCUGUCAGACUGAACCAAAAGCAGCAACACAAACUGCAGGAGUGGUUUAACAUGACCCAGGAUGUCAGGAAGGCGGUGUUCACCUCGUUCAGAGGGAGCCACGGCGUCGGCAACCUGGAAGAAGGACCACAGCAUGUGACAGUUCUCCAGCUGAAGCGAGAGCUUAGGAAAUGCCAGUGUGCACUGGCUGCUGAUGAAGUUGUAUUUAAUCAGAAGGAAUUGCAGGUGAAGGAACUGAAGAAUCAAGUGCAAAUGAUGGUCCAGGAAAACAAAGGACACGUGGUAUCUUUGAAAGAAGCACAAAACGUCAAUAGAUUGCAGAAUGAAAAAAUAAUAGAACAACAACUUCUUGUGGAUCAACUGAGUGAAGAACUAGCAAGACUUAAUCCGUCAAUGACAUCUUCAGCUACGGAAACUUGUGGAGACGGGCCAGACACCAGGACACCUGGAAAGAGGCCAUGUACCGUACCGUUUGAUACUCGUUUGGGGCAUUAUAUUUAUAUCCCAGCCAGAUCAGAUUCCAGGAAGGUCUACACAAGUCCUUCUGUGUACUCUCUGGAUCGAGUAGUUGCCGGAUUUCGAACACGAAGUCAGAUGCUGCUGGGUCAUAUAGAAGAACAAGAUGAAGUCCUCCACUGCCAAUUUUCUGAUGACAGCGAUGAUGAAGAAUCAGAAGGCCAAGAGAAAUCUGAAAUUAGACGUAGAAGUCGCUCGUGGAUUCAGAAGCGAAGUUCUGUUUGUUCUCUUGUUGAAUUGAAUGAUAUUCAGGAUCAAACACAAAAGUCAAGUUUGGGGAAUGAAGAUUUAAAGAUUGAAUGUCUCCAGGAGAGUCAAGAGUUGAAUUUGCAAAAAUUAAGGAAUUCAGAACUCAUACUUACCGAAGCCAAACAGAAAAUGAGAGAACUUACAAUUAACAUCAAGAUGAAGGAAGAUCUAAUUAAAGAAUUAAUAAAAACAGGUAACCAUGCCAAGUCUGUAAGCAAACAGUAUUCUCUGAAAGUAACAAAACUUGAGCACGAAGCAGAACAGGCGAAAGUGGAAUUAACUGAAACAGAGAAGCAGCUGCAGGAACUAGAAAACAAAGAUCUUUCUGAUAUCGCCCUGAAGGUAAAAUUACAGAAGGAGUUCCGCAAAAAGAUGGACGCCGCAAAGCUAAGAGUCCAGGUCUUACAGAAGAAGCAACAAAAUAGUAAGAAAUUGGCAUCAUUGUCAAUCCAAAAUGAGAAACGUGCUAAUGAACUAGAGCAGAAUGUAGAUCACAUGAAAUAUCAAAAGGUACAGCUGCAAAAGAGACUUCGAGAAGAAAAUGAAAAAAGGAAGCAACUGGAUGCAGAAAUUCAGCGGGAUCAACAAAAAAUCAAAGAACUAAAGUCAAAAACAGAACAGGAAGACUCUCUGACACUGGAAACCGAGGACCUUGAUGCAUUUAAGAUGAAAAAGAGAAAAGGUUCGUUUGGAAGUAUAGACCAAUUCCAGAAAUUGGAUGAGCAAAAGAAAUGGUUAGAUGAAGAAGUAGAAAAAGUCCUGAACCAACGCCAAGAAUUGGAGGAGCUGGAAGAAGAUUUAAAAAAACGAGAGGCCAUAGUUUGUAAGAAGGAGGCCCUGUUACAGGAGAAGAGCCACCUGGAAAAUAAGAAGUUGAGAUCCAGCCAGGGGGGAAAAAUUGAAGUUUUCUACUUUGAACAAGAUGUAAAAUUUAGGAAGCAAGAACAUACUGAGGUCUUAAACAUAGAUAGUUUGAAAAUAUCAACUCGCCUGAACUUGUUGGACCAAGAGUUGUCUGAAAAGAAUGUAGAGCUGCAACGCAGCACGGCUGAGGAGAAAAUAAAGAUUUCUGAACAAGUUCAGGCCCUCCAGAAAGAGAAGGAUCAGCUACAGAGACGAAGAAACAGUGUGGACGAGAAACUUAAAAAUGGUAGUGUGUUGUCACCUGAAGAAGAACAUGUUCUUUUCCAACUUGAAGAAGGGAUUGAAGCUUUGGAAGCUGCAAUUGAAUACAAGAAUGAAAGUAUCCGGAGUCGCCAGAACUCGCUCAGAGCUUCAUUCCAAAACCUCUCUUGUAGUGAAGCAAAUGUCCUGGAAAAACUAAUUUGCCUGAGUCCCAUUGAGAUUAGAGCUAUUCUUUUCAGAUAUUUCAAUAAGGUGGUCAUUUUGCGAGAAACUGAACGGAAACUACACUUAGAGAAUGAAGAAGUUAAAAUGAAGAUUCUGGAACGGGAUAAUAUGGUUCGUGAGUUGGAAUCUGCACUGGAACAUCUGAAAUUGCAGUGCGACCGGAGACUGACUCUCCAGCAAAAGGAACAUGAGCAAAAACUGCAGCUGCUGUUACAUCAUUUUAAAGAGCAAGAAGGGGAAGGCAUUAUGGAAACUUUCAAAACAUAUGAAGAUAAAAUCCAGCAGCUGGAAAAAGACCUUUAUUUCUAUAAGAAAACUAGCAGAGAUCUUAAGAAGAAACUUAAGGAAUUGGUAGGGGAAACAGUUCGGCGGCAACAAGUACCAUCUGAACAUCGUGAUGCUGGAGAUGGAGUCCUGAACCCUGAAGAAGCAGUCAUGGUUCCAGAAGAAUUAAAAUGGGCAUCCAGAACUGAAAGUAUAAAGUUAAGUGGAAGAGAAAGAGAAUUAGACAGUUCAACAAGCAGCUUAAGAACACAACUGAAUCCUCAGAAGCUCUUGGAAGAGGCCCCGGAAUUACCUCCAAUCUGUAGCUCUUUAGCACCCACUAGUGGGCAUUUGCUAAACAAUGAGGAUAAAAAAGAAAUAGACGAGUAUCAUUUCAUAAAAUCUCACAGUCGACCAUCACCCCAAAUCCAGCCAGUGGGAAACGCAGGACAGCUUCAUGGUGUCACAUCUGUAAAGUUAUGUCGUAAAGAGUUACGUCAGAUUUCUGCCUUGGAACUAUCACUACGGCGUUCCAGUCUUGGAGUUGGGGUUGGAUUUAUGACUCCUGAUUCCAUUGAAGUAGCUAGGAAGCCGAGUGACUUUAAAACAUAGGCAUUUGAUAAUACAAUUUUCAAUUUAGUAGAGGUGUAAGAUUCCUUUUUCUAACCUGUUAGAAAUUAAAGCUUAUGCUCACUAGUUCUUCCCUCAGGAUAAAGGAAGAAGGGAAGGAAGGAAUCAUUUUAUAUACUAUAGACGUGUGUAUCUUCUGUGGUAUAUUUGGGGAGUUUUAAUGACUUGCAGAUAUUUCCAUAAUAACGAAAUGAACACGUUUUCCCAUAGUAUCAAAUAAUGGAAUAUUUAAAUAUUUCCCCUUAUAACUUUGCUUAAAAUUUCUUUCCAGGCAUAUAUAAAGAACAAAACAUAAAAGUAGGAUUAUAAACUAAAAUAUCCAUCAAAUGUAUAUUGCCAUAUAAUAUAAAAGUAUGUUUUAAUACAUUAAUUAUAUCUUACAAGUUCAUAUUAUUAUCAUUCUCAAAUAUAAAUAUGUGUUAUUUUGGAGAGAUGCAGUUAAAUAUUGCUUGUAUGAGCAGGGGAGUCUCCUGCUGCAUAUGUUUUGGCAUAGCUGAAAAUCUGUGUCAAAAUGCAGUCUGUGGAUGAAGGUAAUUGAUUAGGUUUAUGGUUAAAGUUAAUUUAUGGUCCUCAGUGUCCACAGAGGUUAGGUGAUCAGUCUUGACUUUUUAAACAUGGUUCUCUGCUUUUUCUGAGAUUGUUUUCAGAAUGUCAUAUUGUUGGUUUGCUAAUAUUAUGGAAUGUAAGUCUUCGUCUCUCUCCCACCCUGUCUAUUCAACAUAUAUCUCAUUAGGCUACUAGAUUUGGGGGAAAGGAUGCAGUUCCUUGCCACAGGGAAGCAAUAAUAGAAUAACAAUAAAGCAUUACAGCAUUUCAAGGAAAAGAUACCUGGUCACAGGGAGUAUGACUAUAAACUUGACGUCUAACCAGAGGCUCUAUAGCUAAUGAUCCGUUGGGCUUACUGGGAGAUUUUUUUCUACGGCCUGCUAGGUCAGGUCAUGCAUACAGGCAGGCCAGACUGCAUUGGGACUGUAAAUAUGUAAAUGAAAACUUUUCUUCAUGAUUUUUUUUAGUCUAAAUCUUACUAUAUAAUCUAAACUUCAGUUUGGAAUUAAGAACUGAACACUGAUUGGCCCAACAAACGGUUUGUACUUUUUCAUCAUACUUUUUAAUCACGAAAACAUCCCAUUAUAAUGACCAGAGGUAUUUUGUUACUUUUUGUUGCUGCUGUUGUCAUUUGUGUUACUUUUCCACAUUUUCACUUGUAAAAUAAAAUUUUUUCUUAAACUAAUUACUGUUUGGGUGGGGCAGUAGUAAAACCACCUUGACUUAUGGAUGUCUACUCAAUUAGAGUCACCCACUUCCUUGCUGACUCCAGUUUUUCUUAUGUGAUGCUGCUACUAAUAUUUUUCUUUUGUCCUUUCCUCUGUUGUUAUUGACCCUACCCAUUCUUACCUAAGACCCAAACUGUCCCUUUGUGCUCAAACACUUAUGGUUUUGUUUUUCUGGUUUCUAGGCCCUGGGGAGUAGGGUUCCUUGUUCUCAUUGCUAAAAACCAGUUCCUAGAGGAGAAGAAAACCAAAACAAAACAAACUUCUAAAUCAGUGAAUAGUUUGUGUAUCUCUUAAGCAUGGUACUGAAAUUCAAUUAAAUUGUAGAUUAAAUAGGAGCGUUUGGGUGGCUCAGUUGGUUAAGCAUCUGAUUUUGGCUCAGAUCAU